AUGAGAUAUUUAUUAUCACUUAUAGCUUUGAUCCUGGUUUAUGAAGCACUGACAAUCAGUGGACAAGCACAAUUGACACUGCCAUGUAUUAUAAGAGACUUGACACCACAGAAGAACCCGGACUUUGAAGUGGACAAUCCUAAUAUUGUAAUUCCAAGCUUGGUAAAGAGAUUGCUAGGCAACAAUAGGAAACCGGUAUAUUGUUGCGACGAUCAACUGUCGGCCUAUGGUGUGAUCCACAAUCAAACGACGUUUGGCUCAUGGUUCAACAAUGUGCAGAACGUCAACAUACCAAUCCAGAUGAAGCUCAACCUCACCCAGAACCUGACCGACCCCAACAUCUACAACUUCCGCGAUGACCACUUCUUCCCGAUCAACGGCCUGGGCUGGGACGCGCCAGGCGCUGACCCCAACCACGUCUUUUACAAGGACGCCGACGGGGCCGUCCAGAACUUCCAUUUCUGUCUCGAGCUUCACGCCCGUUUCACCUACAAGGGUGGCGAGAUAUUCAGAUUCAUUGGCGACGACGAUGUAUGGUUGUACAUUGACGGCAACUUGGUGCUGGACCUUGGUGGCCCUCAUCUUCCGGCCGAAGGCCUCGUGUCCCUGGACAAUAUCACUGGACUGACCGUGGGCCAGGACCACUCAUUCGACUUCUUUUACUGCGAGCGACACACCACCCAAUCACACAUGAUGAUCUCGACCUCGAUGGAACUCAAGUGUGGCUACACCGACUACUGUGGCAUUUGCGAGGGCAAUGGAUCGUACUGCUGCAAUGACUACAUUUGUAAUGACAACAACCCGUGCACGAUCGACAUGUGUCCGCCACCCAACACGCCACUCCCACCCGGCGCCACCGAGUUCCAAAAGAGCAUGUGUAUCCACAAGCCCAAGGAGUGUGCUGGCGGCUCAGCCUGUGUCGAGUCCAUCUGUAACAUAUACUCGCCCACGGGUGAGUGUUUCCAGGAGCCCAAGGUGUGCAUCAAGCCAUGUAUGCAGGGCCAGUGUACGGAGGGUGCAGGUGGGUGCACUUUCAUCGACCUGUGUCCAAACUCAACGUGUAAGACCAAGAUUGGCUGCUCCAUCUCUAAUAACAGCUGUAUCUAUGAGGCGCGCGACUGUGACGACGCCAACGCCUGUACUCAAGACCUGUGUGAUGAUAGUGUCGGCUGUCGCCACAUUCAGAAGCGCUGCGUGGACGGCGAUCCGUGCACCAACGACCUGUGUGACGUCAAGACUGGCGACUGCGUUUUUGAGCCAAUCCCACUGUGCAAGCCUUGUGGCAACUCAUCGAGUUGCGUAGCCAAAGACCUAUGUACCAAAGUGGAAUGCGAUCCAAACAAUGCCGACAAGUGUAUCGAGUCCAAGUUGUGUGACGACCACAACUCGUGUACGGAGGACUCGUGUGACGCCAACGGCAACUGCACAUUCAUCCCGAAAUGCUCGUCCACCGAUCCUUGUUUCUCGACCACGUGCAAUGAGACUGUUGGCGAGUGUGUGACCAUCGCGCUCAUGUCCUGUGACGACCAGAACCCGUGCACGGCCGAUACCUGCUCCAAGGGCGUCUGCGCCAAUACUCCAAUCGACUGUGACGACAACAAUCCAUGUACUGUUGACAAGUGUGAUGCGGCCCGCGGUGGAUGCCAACACGUCGAGAUCGUCUGUGAAGACAAGGACGCAUGUAAUCUUGGCAAGUGUAAUGUACAGACUGGCACUUGUGAGACACAACCACUCAACUGCACCACGCCCAACUUCUGUAUCACUGCCGUCUGUGAUGUUGGCGCCGGAGGAUGUAUCCAAUACAACAAGACCUGUGUGCCCGACAACCCCAGCUGCCAGAAGUCCGUCUGUAACUUUGACAAACAAGAGUGCCAGUCCAGUGACUACGAUCCACUGCCGUUCAAGUGUCAACCUGCGGCAGUCAAGGCUGGAGUGGCAGUUGGCGCAGCGGCAAUUGCAGGAAUAGUGAUUGGAUGUAUAGCAGCACUUGCAUUGGCAGCAUUUGGUGGAGUUAAGGGAUAUGAUGCAUGGAAACAGAGUCAACAGAAUAAGAUGUCAGUGUCAUCUGACAAUCCACUCUAUCAACCCAAUCCCAAUCAAGGAACCAAUCCACUCUAUACUGGUGGAGGACCAAAUUAA